AUGAAUGAUGUGAUCAUUACAAGUCCAUCUAUUUCUUUAGCCAUUAGUAAUGAUGUUUCUCGAUUUGGAAGCUUUGUGGAAAAUGAUAGUAUGCAAGAGUUUCAUGUUAUUGUUGAAGAUGUAACUGAUAAUCGGCCACCUGGCAUCCCUUCAUCUGCAGCAGUGAUGCCAUAUGUUCAAGAUGAAUCAAGCGAUGGAGUUUUAGUAAUUAGAAACAGAGAAAAUGAGAUUGUUGCUCAAUCUCAUAGCAAGGAUGUUGAGGAUGAUAAAGGAGUGAAUGGUGAACACCAUACAACAGUAGCUAAAGCUGAAGAUGGGAUGCAUGGUCUGCAGAUGAUAUCAUUUGAUCGGAGAAAGAGGCUUCUAAUUAUGCAAGAUGUUGCAGUUGGCAUGGAGUAUUUGCAUUGGAAAAACAUUGUUCAUUUUGAUUUAAAAUGUGAAAACUUGCUUGUUAAUUUGGGAGAUCCUCAUAGACCCGUAUGCAAGAUUGGUGAUUUUGGUUUAUCAAGAAUUAAACGGAACACACUUGUGUCGGGUGAAGUAAGAGGAACAAUUCCAUUGAUGGCCCUAGAGCUUUUUAGUGUUCUUAACAAUCUAAUUUCCAUAAUCAUAUUCACUCUUAUGACAAUUUGUUAAUGUUAGCAUAUGAAGCUUUUGAAGGGAAGCAUACAUAACUAUGUAUUGCACUUAUGUGUUUUGACCUUUUUGCCCCUC